AUGAAAACCCUCUUCACCGCCGCCUGCUUCGCCUUCCUCCUCCUGAAUGCCGCUGGUGUCGAGUCCCGGUCCCGGUCCCGGAAGUGCCACUGUGACGACGACGACGACGAUGACUACGACUCCAGCAAUGCAUCGUACAAGCUGUUCGUGUUCGGCAACUCCUUCGCCGACACCGGAAACGUCAAGAAAGGCGAUUUGAAGUGGGAGACGCGAGCGUGGUACGAGCCCUACGGCAUGUCGGACGCGGGCCACGACAACAAACCAACCGGCCGCUUCUCCGACGGCAUGGUUCAGUCUGAUUUCCUCGCCAAGAUUCUGGGGCAGGAGGAGGCUCCUCCGCCGGAACGGAUCAGGCGGGAGGAUGGCGUGGACCUGUCGUCUGGCAUGAACUUCGCCAACUCCGGCGGCGGCGUGCUCGUGGGGUGGAACUUGGAUAAGCAGAUCGACGUGUUCAGGAAGCUGCUCCGGCACGGGAUCAUCGACAAAAGCCACCUCAACCAGUCUGUCGCGCUCGUCGCCAUCUCCGACGAGGACUACGAGGACUUCCCCAGCGAGGCGGCCGACCAGCACAAGUACAUCAGGAACGUGACGGACGGGAUCAUCGACGGCGUGAGGCAGCUCGAGGACCUGGGCGUCGACAGCGUGCUGGUGAACCUGCUGCCCCCGCUGGGCUGCGAUCCGUGGAACAGCAGGUCGAACAACUACACCAAGUGCGCCAAGGAUUCGAUCACGGGCGUCCACAACAAGCAUCUCACGGACAAGCUAGGCGAUGACGACUCGGUCCUCCUGCUCGAUCUCGACACCGUCUUCAAAAGCAUCAUCGUUCCCAAAACAAAAAAGCUGUUCUACCAUAGGCACAUGCCGUGCUGCGAGAGCCUCGACGAGGACGGAUUCUGUGGGCAGGUUGACUACGACGGCAACCCGCAGUACACGCUGUGCGACAAACCAGACGAGCACUUCUACUGGGACGACACCAACCCGACGCAGGCAGGAUGGAAGGCCGUCAUGGAGCAGCUCGAAGGCCCCAUCAAAGAGUAUCUGGACAUCUAGCCUUUUGGCAGUUUGGUAGAGGGUCUUGCCAGUCAUGGAAGAGUUUUGUUAGGUUAGGUUUAUUGGAGAUUGAGUGUGUUCCUGGUGUAGGCAUAUAUAGAAAUUCCAUGCAUAUCUAGCUAGAUAAUUUUGGGUAGGAAUAUUUAGCAGUCUAGAUUACGUCGUUGGUUUUUGUGUGUUCUUCCAUGAAUGAGCAUCUUGUUUGUCGG